GACUUUACGGGGAAAGUAGUGCUGAUCACCGGUUCGAGUGCUGGAAUCGGAGCCACGACUGCCAUUGAGUUCUCGCGAUCGGGCGCUCAGGUAGUGAUCACCGGACGAAAGGCAGUNACGGGGAAAGUAGUGCUGAUCACCGGUUCGAGUGCUGGAAUCGGAGCCACGACUGCCAUUGAGUUCUCGCGAUCGGGCGCUCAGGUAGUGAUCACCGGACGAAAGGCAGUGAAUGUGACACAAGUGGCCAAUGAGUGCCAUAAAGUGUCGCCAAAAGGCUUGAAAGCACUGGAAGUGGUGGCGGAUGUGACCAAAGAGGAUGACUGCCGACGUCUGGUCGACACCACAAUCAAGUCUUUCGGGAAGUUGGAUAUUUUGGUGAAUAACGCUGGUUAUGGGGCCAUCACUUCCAUCUAUAAUAAAGACAUUUUGGACACUUAUGACAGCGUUAUGGCCACUAACUUGAGAUCAGUUGUCUAUUUGACACAUCUCUGUGCACCACAUCUGGAGAAAACUCGGGGUAAUAUUGUUAACAUCUCAAGUGUCGCGGGUCUAAAACCGUACGAACAGAUGGCCAUAUAUUGUAUGUCAAAAGUAGCGUUGGAUAUGUUUGCUAAAUGUCUGGCCCUUGAAUUGGGCCCCAAAGGCAUUCGUGUCAAUACAGUCAAUCCGGCAGCCGUGCGGACCAACUUUGGCACAGCUAUGGGUCUAUCGCAGCAACAGUACGACGACCUACUGGUUGAUAGGGCGCAGUCGUACCCAUUGGGACGGGUGGGCGACUCCAUAGACAUCGCCAACGCUGUGCUAUUUCUGGCGUCAGACGAGUCGUCGUUUGUCACCGGAGCUAAUCUACUGUCCGACGGCGGGUCUCUUAACGCGGCCGCCACUACU